CACGAUAUACAUCUACAACCUCGGACGUAUAAAUGCGCAUAAGUCAGUACAAAUGUCUUGGGUAAUAGAACUAGAAGAUCACACACACACCCACGCACACACACAUAUCUGAGUACUACUAGCUAGUAAAGGAUUGUUGUAGCAAGGAAAAACCUGCAAAAGAAUCUGGUCAGAAAGAAGGAAGAAUUGAUCCCUUCAUCCGGAGACACCCGCAACCCCACACCUGUUUUAACGCCACUGUGUGUGUAUGUGACACAAUUUGUCCCAAUUCCAUCCCCAAUUAUUCCUAUUUAAGUACUUAACUGUAGUUACUAUUUCAUCAUCUUCUUCUUCUUCUUCUUAGUUCUUUGAUUCUUUCAGCUUUCAAACGGUCUAGGAAUUCGAUCCAACUAUAAACAUGUAUUUGACUAAUCAAUUAUCCUGCAGUCACUUUUGGUUUCUGUAUGUUUAGAUAGGAGUUGAGCAUAUCAGUGGGCAAAAACCCAGUCGUUUUUGUGCCUUUUUUUUUUCUUUAAUUGUUUGAUUAAGAGCUGGAAAGUUUUGCUGCUCUCCGACCUUGUUGGGUCAUUUUUAAAUUUCUUUUUUUUUGUUUUUUAUUUAUGAAUUUCAUCAAGCAUGGAGAACUGGAAGCCGACCCAAUCCAAGCUCAUGCAGAAACAUUGCAUUAUUUGCCUUGUUUUCACCGCCUUGCUAUGCUCUUUAGCAGAAUCAAGGGCAACAGUGGUGUCGUCCAAUGGAGUUGGUUUUGACCUCCAGGAGGUGGGAAAGAAGGAGCACGGCUUUGCUCAUGUCGACGGAGUAGGGAGGAAGCAUUCGAGGCCCGUGGGUUCGUCGCCGCCGAGCUGCGGAGGAAAGUGCGGCGGAUGCACGCCGUGCAGCCCCAUCAGAGUUACGGUGCCACCAAAAGGCGGAGAGCGGUUGAUGAUGUCCGCCGAGUAUUACCCUCAACGGUGGAAUUGUUCUUGCGGCGGCAAAUUGUACCAUCCUUGAUGCACCAAUAUAUAGUGGAUGCUUCUUUUAAUCGGAAUUUAUAGAUUGAUCCAUCGUUAUAACUGCUAAGUAACCUUGCUUUAUAGGUUUAGUUGUAACGUCCAGCUAUCAUAGUUUUAAUACUUAAACUAAUGUCACAAACGCGCCAUACGAAUUUGUCUCUCUUCUUCAUUUUCCAGAAUUAAAUCUUCAUCAAAGAC